CUCUGGGGAAAGAACCCGCCACAUCUCGUCAGCAUCAUGAAAGGAAAUGAAAAAGGGCCGUCGGCAUCCUGCUAAGUGCUUGAAUUAGGCUGCAAGGGCGGGUUGAACUGGCAGUUAGUUUAAGAAUAAUGAUGAUGAUUGUGUCGUAACUGGGGAUGUGUUUUGAAUGAGAAACUUUAUUUUGCUGGGAAUCCGAAGCAGAAGAGGAUGGUAGGAUGCCUGGGUCGUGCAGCGAGAAAAAAAAAAUUGGCAUCAAAAGUAACAAAAAUUCUAUCGUCAGACCAUGGCUUGUCAGUCUACCUAUUUAAGUCUAUGAGAGCCGUCAACUUUUUAAAAGACUCUGGACAGCGACGGUAGAGGAGGAGCUUCGGGUGUUUCCGUGGCAGCCUCCUCGCCAAUAGACCCUGUCGCACCUUGUGGGAUAGGCUGGUCUUUGCCCGACUCCGCUUUUUCACCACCGCUUGAAGGAUAAUCUGGUCACACCAUGGCUGCUCCAGAUGAAUUCAAGUUUCAUGAAUUUGAUGAGGCCAUGGAUUUGUUGGCCGAGAAUGCUGGUGCUACCACUGCUAGCGUUGGUGAGCGGCAAAGCCAUAUUACCCUGAAUGUGGACUCCCAUUAUAAUGAGGAACAUGAGCCAGAAGAGGAAAGUGAUAAAACAGAGCUCUUGAGUUCCCAGAAGAAGCAAUCCAGUUUCUGGAGCUUUGAAUAUUACCAGGCUUUCUUUGAUGUUGACACGUAUCAGGUGCUGGACAGGAUAAAAGGAUCACUGUUUCCAUUGCCAGGAAAGAACUUUGUACGGCACCACUUGCAGAAUAACCCUGAUCUAUAUGGCCCUUUCUGGAUCUGUGCUACAUUGGUCUUCACACUGGCUAUCAGUAGCAAUCUCCUAGAGAAAAAGAGCAGCCCUUCCAUCCACAAAGUGACUAUUGCAGGAAUAGUUAUUUACUGCUAUGCCUGGCUAGUGCCCCUUACCCUGUGGGGCUACCUGCAAUGGCGGAAGGGGGACCACAGCAGCAGGGACUCCUACACUUUCCUGGAGGUGGUGUGCAUCUACGGCUACGCCCUGUUUGUACACAUUCCCACUGCGGUUCUGUGGCUGAUUUCUUUACCGUGGUUGGAGUGGCUCCUGUUCACAUUUGCUAUGGGGAUCUCUGCUUCAGUUCUGGUCCUUACCUUCUGGCCAGUCAUCCGCUCAGACACAAAGCUGGCUGCUUGUGCUAUGCUGGCUGUCAUUGUCUCUCUCCAUGUCCUCCUGGCUAUUGGUUUCAAGUUCUAUUUCUUCCAGAAAUCCACCAGCUCUCAAAUAAUGCCAGCUGAGCCAAGCAGAGCCACAACUCUUCACAUGAACACCUCAGGCUCUAUGCAUAUGUGAGGAGCAGCUGGUAAGAGCCUUUGUGUAUAGCAUGAAGAACCGUGUAAUACUGUUGCUAGAAAUACUGUUAGUUUCCAGCAUUUAAUGCUGUUACCUACUGCUCUGUCUCCAUCCCUGUUAAUGGAAGGGCAGGAAUCAAGGUAUUCUUUGGAGAGGGAACAGAGUAGUCUUUACAUCUCCCCCAUCCAUUUUUAUUUAUUUUUUGUUCUACCUGCUACUAGAACUCUUCAUUUAGAACAAAUCAGCCCCAGCAGAGAUUGAGAGCAGCAAAGCAUCUAUCUACUUAGUAUUUCUGCUUCUGUUGCGGACUUUGAUCAUGACUGUCUGGCCUCGGAAAGCUCAUGAGCACAGCAGAGUGCACUGUAGCACCACCACUAAAUCCAUUCAAGAGGCAUGGAAGUCACCUCCAAGCUUGCAAAAAAACCCCACACACACCUAAGAGCUGGAACUCUCUUGUGCUUGUAGCACAUAGAAGCAGGGAGCUCCCUGGUGAGCCAAACUGCAUCAAACUAUUUCAAGGUGGCGGUUCUAUUGCUACUAGCCAGUUGGCCCAGCUUAUCAGCAAGAGAGGGAUCUACUUUGGGAAAUGAAUCAAGAGACAGAUCAUCAGGUGCUGCUUGGGUGUCUGCAGCUGCCUCCUGCUUUUGUGUAGGAGGACAGGCCUGCAGCAGCGAUGCAACUAAGGAAAGGGGUUGCAUGGAGUGAUGUCUGUUGUGCCCCUUUUAACUAAGCUUAGGAUCUUGAGGAGGGAAUAGCUGAUGAUAUUUCAUUCUUAAACCAAUGUAUACUCUGCCACCUGGUGCGAAGGAGCAAAUUAUCAGCAGAAACACCACCUCUGCAUGUAAGCUCCUUGAAUGGAAAAGAGUCACUUAAAAUUACUUGCAAUUUAAUCCAGUCACUUGAUGAUUUUGUUUUCUAUGCAAUGCUGAUCUAAAAUAAACUACCUGUUUUCUGG